CAAUUCCUGUGUAUGUUAAAAUAUAUUAUAUUAAAAGGGCAGCAUCUUUAGAUGCUAGGAAACUUUUGCUGCAAAUCCAAAACAAACUUUGGCCAAAAGAUGUUAGAUUUGAAGGGUGUUUUAGAAAUUCAUGACAAGAGUCUUUCAGAAAAUGAACAUCACGUGGUAUUUGAUAUUGUUAAUGUCAUUCUACUACUUCUAAUUCACUUUGCACUUUCAGCUUGGUUUGAUUUAUAGCAUAGUUCAUGAAAAAAACAGCAUACUCAUUUUUCUCAAUACUUGAGAUAGACUUUUGUUAAUGGUAUGCCCCAUUGGCAUAUUAUAUGCCAAAUUUUUAUUUUUGGCAUAUUUUGAAGACAUGCUUGCACAUAAAGUUUGUUAUAUUUUCUAAAUUUAGCAUCUUUACAGCACAAUUGUCGUCACGUAACAGGCUAACAUUUUAUUUACAAACGUUUUGGUACAAAACAAAACAACAUCAGUUUCUAUAGUUGAAAAGUUUUAUUAUGAAGGUUUUAUUUUUUUCAAAUAAGUGGAUAAGCCAACCAGUAAACUUUUCUCAGGAACACGAUACAAAGGGCCUUUGAUUCUGCAAACUGUAAACUUUUCAGUAAAUUUUCGCACAUUCUCGGUUUAAAAUUCCUCGUCGUGCAUCUAAUUUCUUUUUGUUAAUAUAAUACACUGACAGAUAUUUUUGUAAUAAAAUGCUUGUAAUGAAUUUAGUGUAAAUUUAUAGAAGCUGCUUAAGAUUGAAGAUAAGCGAAGGACUAAUAAUGUGAUCCUUCCAUGAAGUUAAGUAGAAAGCAAGCUACGACAGAAGCUCCUGUUAAACUAGAUCAUUUUCACAGGUCAGGAAAGUUUGUGCCUGCCACAUUUUUUGGAUAGCCACUCACUUUACGUCAUCAAUCCCUUUUUUUGAGCCUGAAAAAGCAUCACAACCACAUAGCCACUGCUAUGUUGAAGAUUUCUUAAAUGUGCUAAACACGCAACGCUUUCAAAAAAACCUAACUAGCCUUCUUUUUCUUAAAGAAAUGAGAAUUUAUUUAACACAUGUCUUUGUAGAGCAUAUUUUUAUAAUAGCCCCCCUGUCCUUACCAAACCGACAUUUCGCUCGAAUUUUGCCAUUCCACGAUGCUUUCUUAGCUCUCAAAACAAGAGUUCGUACUUUUCAAGAACAAGCAUUGAAAUAAUGAUAUUGGCAAUGAUAUUACAGUUUUUAGGAUCUCUCAGGAAGCAAAGUCUAGUUUAUCACUUAGGACCUUUAUCAGAACAGGUAGAAACUACAAUGCGAUUGUGCUUAAAACCUUUGCACACUUUUGAAUUAAGGUUUUGAAGAGCAAUUGAGCUCAUGUGUACAUUUUUUGUAAACAAUUCUGUAAGUCAUCAGCGAUAAGAUUGUGCUGCAGGUAUUGGUCUACUAAAAGGUCACGUGGUGCCACCGAUAUAUACAGCUGAUUGGCUAUGAAUAGAUAAGAAAUGAACACCUGUAGAUUGGAUCAUACCGAAGUUAAGACAACUGAGCAAAGGUCAUAGGAUCGCGGGAACUGCCGUGGCCUAAGCUAGGCUAUCAACAAAAGGAAAAGUUGUCCGAUUUACCAAGGAAACACAUGGAAAGAAAUCAUUGUUUUGAGAUUUCAGUUUGAAAUCAUGGAUUUGAGGCAUGAUCAAGCGUCAGUUGCUGCAGAUGUUGUGGAAAGCCACGAAACUGUUGGUGGAGAAAGUAUCGAUCGAAAAAAGUCACCCUCGUCAUCUCCAAAAACUCUUAAGGAAGCACAUUUGCCGAACAAAGAAGAUGGAACCGAGCAAAAUAAAGAUGUCGAAGAACAUGUUGUAAUGGACAAGGAUGAGAAAAAUAUAGAAUCAGAACGCACGAACUCAGGGCCAGUGGCCAAAGUUGAGAGUAAUAAAAUGGAGGACGAUCAAGAGUCAACUUCACAUUCGGAAGAUAAAGUGAUUCUUUUCGAUCCUGUUUCGCAUGUGCAUGAAAUGCAAUUGAAAGCGACCGAUGAACAUAGUACAGAAAUGCCUUUUAAGAAGAAGUGCUCUACGUGUAUGCAUAAACGAAACUUAAUUGCGUUGCUUAGUUUCUUUGGGUUCUUUAUCGUCUACUGCUUAAGAGUGGAUCUCAGUAUUACGCUUGUAGCAAUGACCAAUCAGCACACGAGGGUUACAUUGAUGGGGGAUGAAUGGACGGCGGAACCAGAAUUCGAUUGGGACAAUAAGCUGCAAGGCAAUAUCCUCGGUGCCUUUUUCUACGGUUAUCUCAUAACACAAAUUCCUGGCGGAUACAUUGCUGCAAGAUUUGGUGGAAAGAAUCUGUUUGGCCUAGCAAUAAUUAUGACGUCAUUCUUGACAUUACUGACGCCGUGGGCCUCAAGGCAACAUGUAGCGCUCUUGAUUACACUUAGAUUUCUAGAAGGCAUCUGCGAGGGCUGCAUUUACCCGUGUAUGUAUGCGAUAUGGAGCAAAUGGGCUCCUCCAAUGGAACGAAGCAAAUUGUCAACGGUCCCUCACGCAGGGUCAUAUGCCGGAUCAGUAGCAGGCACUCUGGUUUCCGGAAUUUUAUGCGAACUGGCUGGAUGGUCUAUUGUUUUCUACAUAUUUGGUGCACUUGGCAUCAUAUGGUCGUUUAUCUGGUUUUUGGUUGUUGUCGAUGCGCCAAGUUUGGACCCGACCAUAUCUGACGAAGAGCGAACAUAUAUAGAAGACUCGUUAAAAGAUGACAGAGUUUCACAAAAGGUUUUAAAGCCUCCAUGGAUGAAGUUCAUGACGUCAGUGCCUUUUCUUGCAAUUCUGAUAGCACACACUUGCGAAGGCUGGGGUUUCAGCACAAUGCAAACCUGCCUGCCUAAAUACCUGACGGAGGCCCUUGGAAUGAGAAUCGUUGUUGCAGGUGUAUACUCCGCCAUUCUCUAUUUUAUGAUGGGCGUCGUUGUGUUAUGUGGAGGUCAGCUUGCAGAUUUUGCUCGCUUGCAUGGAACAAUAAGCACUACCAAUAUAAGAAAAUUGUUCACAUGUUUAGGAUUCUUACUGCAAGCGCUGGCAUUCUCGGCUUCUGUAAAUUUUGCUAAUAUUCACGCCAGCGUGAUUGUUCUCGUGGUUGGCGGGGGCAUCGAGGGGCUUGCCUGGGCUGGGUUUGCUGUCAAUCACCUCGAUAUUGCACCUCGAUAUGCAAGCAUUCUUUUUGGUAUCACAAAUACCUCUGCUACGAUUCCUGGUAUUCUAAGUCCCUUGGUAGUUGGUUAUAUAACUCAAGAUAAGACAAAGGCCGAGUGGCACUUGGUUUUCUACAUUGGCGCGGCCACUUUUGCUGUUGGCGCGACUGUUUAUGGCCUAUUUGCAUCAGCCGAGAAACAGGAAUGGGCCGACUACGAUGGCGAUGCUGACUACAAAAUAAUAAGUGACGAAGAAAGAGAAUAAACUGCUUUUUCUGUAUCAUAAUGUUAUUUCUCUAGUUUUACA